UAAAUCCCCAAUUUUUUUUCUUUUCAUUAUUCAGACGGUGAACAAGAUGUGAAAUCUGAAGAGGGUGAGAAUAAAGACGGUAAAGGAGAGAUGUCGGCCCAGAAGCGCUCAUUUCCUUGGAAUGGUGAAAAUGGUCGUCCGUCAAACAAAAAAAAAAAAGCUCAUGGUCCUACCCUUCCCAAGAAUGCAUUAAUGCAACUCAAUGAAAUUAAACCGGGUUUGGAAUUUCAGUUAAUGGGUCAAAGUGGACCUGUUCAUGCUCCAACAUUUAACAUGAAAGUGGAGGUGAAUGGUGAAAUCUUUGAAGGAGCCGGUCCAACCAAAAAGAAAGCCAAACUUCAGGCUGCUGAAAAAGCUCUGAGAUCUUUUGUUCAGUUCCGUAAUGCAUCCGAAGCAUAUCAGGCAAUGGGCAAAAAAGUAAAUUCGUUAGAUUUUACAUCAGAUACGGCAGAUAUCGGUACUUUUAUUAAUGAUUUUGAAGACAAAGUAGAAGGGGAGAAUAACGAAGUAGCACAAGGGGUCUCCAAAGCCAAUGGCUCCCAUACAAACCAGAAAGCUACAUUAACACCCCAGCCUGCAGGUAAAAACCCUGUGAUGAUUUUGAACGAGUUAAGGCCGGGCUCAAAGUAUGAAUUUGUUUCUGAAUCAGGUGAGAGCCAUACGAAAACAUUUGUGAUGCAGAUUACAGUGGAUGGCAUUGAUUUUGAAGGUACUGGCCGCAAUAAGAAGCAAGCGAAAGCAAGAGCUGCUCAGGCAGCCCUUGCACAGGUUUUCAAUAUGCAACUCUUCCCACCUGGACUGCAACCAGUCCCAAAGGAUGGUGCUGAAGAAAGUUCGAAAGUGUUAGCUGAUAUUAUUGCCAAAGUUGUUCAUGAAAAAUUUGCUGAACUGACUGAUAAUUAUUCCAGUCAGUAUUCUCGCAGAAAAGUUCUUGCUGGUAUUGUGAUGACAAGUGGAGCAGAUGGUCACGGGGCUUCUGUUAUUGGAAUUGGAACUGGUACCAAAUGUAUUAAUGGAGAAUAUAUGAGUGACAGAGGGUUUGGUGUCAAUGAUUGCCAUGCCGAGAUCAUAGCCCGCCGUUGUUUCCUUCGCUACAUCUACGACCAGCUGGAGUUGCAUCUUUCUGACAACUCAGAUGUAUGUAAUUCUUCAAUAUUUGAACUUCGAGAUAAAGGAGGUUAUCAACUUAAAGAAAACAUCCAGUUCCAUCUAUAUAUAAGCACUGCUCCUUGCGGUGAUGCCCGCAUCUUCUCUCCGCAUGGCCAGGAUGUUGAAACAGGUGACAGACAUCCAAAUCGCAAAGCUCGAGGUCAAUUAAGAACCAAGAUCGAAUCUGGAGAAGGAACAAUUCCUGUCCGAACGUCUGGUGUUAUUCAAACAUGGGAUGGUGUUUUGGAGGGUGAGCGUUUACUUACAAUGUCUUGCAGUGACAAGAUAGCAAGAUGGAAUGUCCUUGGAAUUCAAGGAUCGUUGCUGAGCCAUUUUAUGAACCCCAUAUACCUCGAAAGUAUUAUUCUGGGUAGCUUAUACCACAGUGAUCAUUUAUCACGAGCCAUGUAUUCCCGUAUCUCUAUAAUAGAGAAUCUUCCGGAACCUUUCCAUUUAAACCGCCCUUUCCUCAGUGGUAUCAGUAGUCCCGAGAGCCGGCAGCCUGGGAAAGCACCAAAUUUUGGCAUCAAUUGGCGGAAAGAGGAUGACACAUUUGAAGUGAUCAAUGCUAUGACAGGUCGAGUUGAAGGUGGUAGUGUGUCAAGAAUCUGUAAGCAAGCUUUAUUCAGUCGCUUUAUGAAUUUAUAUGGUAAGCUGUCUUCAUUGACUGGUCAGUCUGUGACCACUCGUCCAACCCAUUACUCUGAUGCUAAAGCUGCUGUAAUGGAAUACCAGUUGGCCAAGCAAUGUGUAUUUCAAGCAUUCCAGAAGGCUGGUCUUGGCAAUUGGGUCCAGAAACCAAUAGAACAAGAUCAAUUUGAAAUGUCCACUGAGGCACCAGACAUUCAAGUAAAGUCUUCAGGUGACGACUCUGCAUAAAUUGCAUUCUUCAUUUUGCUGAAUCGGCUUUAUUUCCAAAGUACGAAUAAUCUUUCACUUAUAUUAAAGUAUCUUCAAAA